CCAUAGUCCAGCACCACAUAGAUAAAAAUAAAAUAACUAAAAACAAAAGGCGGUUAGUUACUCAUCUUAUUAAUAAAACCACUAGAAAUUCUUGCCAUUUUCCAGAAACUUACCAAAUUCAUAAACACAAAUACAAAAUCAAUCAAUUUACGAACAACAACAAGAAAUUAUCAAUCAAUUUUAUCAAUUGAAAGUUGUGUAUUUCGAUGCAAUCGCAAGAAUUAGACCUAGAUUUUUCCUCUGGUUUUCCACUUACCGGAGUCAAUUCUAGUCCUCCGGUAAAAUCGCCGGUUUCCGGUCAAUCUGUAAUUCCAUCAGUGGAGGAUCACUGUAAGAAGGUGAGGAAGCCGUAUACGAUCACUAAGUCUAGAGAAAGUUGGACUGAGCAAGAGCACGAUAAGUUUCUAGAAGCUCUUCAAUUAUUUGAUCGUGAUUGGAAGAAGAUUGAAGCCUUUGUUGGUUCCAAGACGGUUAUUCAGAUACGUAGUCAUGCUCAAAAGUAUUUUCUUAAGGUUCAGAAGAAUGGGUCUAAUGAACGUGUGCCUCCUGCUCGACCGAAGAGGAAAGCAGCUCAUCCAUACCCGCAAAAGGCUUCCAAGAUCGCUCCUGCAGCUAAUCAAUUUACAGGGCAUGUUUACAAUCAUGACCCGUCAUCGGUACUCACGAAUCAAAGUGGCAGUACACCAACAUCAUCCUGGACUUUUGGAUCGAUGCCGGCUGACAAUUCAUCAAAUAUGAAAAGAGACGAUGCUGCAUUACCAAUGUCUUCAAUUGCUCACAAUAGUUACUGCAGCAGUAGCAAUGAGAGCGGAAGCCCUUGGCCGACGACUGGAGCUUUUGACCCGACAAAUCAGGCAGAGCGCAUUAAAGUUGCGCCAGAUUUUGCUCAGGUUUACAGUUUUAUUGGAAGUGUCUUUGACCCCAACACACGUGAUCACCUGCAAAGGUUAAAGGCAAUGGACCCAAUUAAUGUUGAAACAGUAUUGUUGUUGAUGAGGAAUUUAUCAGUCAAUUUGCUCAGCCCUGAAUUUGAGGAACAUAGGAAGCUCUUUGCAUCAUAUGAUCAAGAGUCUGGUAAAAGCAGGUCAUGUAGUUCCCUCUUGCCAGCUCCGGAUGACUCCAAGAAUGCGAUGCAUGCUGUUUACUAAUCACCAAGGUGUUCAAGAAGAAGAGGAAAAAUUAGCAGAAUACAAGUUUGAGUGACCUCAAACAAUAUGAGAUAUUUCAUAUACACAUCUUUUGUAUAAUAUGCAUACUUACACAAGUUUAAGUAGAGGCAGAGACGGAUCUCGUGAGGGAACAAAGGGGCCUCCCUCCAGCCGUGUUGCUUUGGUUUUGCACUGGAGCUGAGUGGGUUGCUUUAGAUGUUAGCUUAGGUUUGUAAUAUAAAUUUUGCUGUCCUGGUCAUGAACUCAUGAUGUCUGAGACUCUGAGGUGUGGCUGUAAAGUGUUCGAGAUCCUUUCUAGAGGUUUUUGUAAUAUAAACCAAGGAAGUGAUGCUUCUGCUAUUCGGAAGUUUUUGCAACUUUUUUUUUCAUAGCUGCGAGGUAGGAUCUGUACAUAUUGAAUCUGAGAAAGUUGUGCAUGUGUGAAGCGAUGAGGUUUGUUUGAACAUCAACAUCGUCAAUAGUUCCUUUAAUUUUGA